AGUCAAAGAUUUACACGAGAACUCCAACCAUGUACCUCGACUUUGUACUGAAGGAAGGUGCAAAGCAUUUGCAGCCUAUUCCUAAAGGUUGGACAGCUUUCAUCUACACCCUCGCAGGUUCUUUAUGCACUGGCCCAGACGAUGAUCUGAAGACAAUUGAGCCACACCACACAGUGGUUUUGGCAGAUGGUGAAUGCGUCAGAGUGGAAAACAAGGCAGCUGAAGAGUCUCACUUCGUGUUAAUUGCUGGUGAACCCCUUAAUGAACCUGUGGUUCAGCAUGGGCCUUUUGUCAUGAACACACAAGAAGAGAUUGAUCAAGCCAUCUCAGACUACAGAUCAGCCACUAAUGGAUUUGAGAGGGCAAAAGUUUGGCAAUCAAAGAUCGGUCAAAAGUUCUAAAUUUUUCUUGAAGAUCCCUUUCUAUGGGAAUAAUACGUGCUUUGUUUAUUUUUUUGUGCCUUUAACUCCAAGUAUUUGGAUAUUUAAAUCACACUUAAAAAUGUAUGAAAUAUAUAAAAUGUGUAAAUAAAACCAUGUUUCAUUUAUUUAAAAGCAACAUAGUAAGCUACAGUGCUUAAAACAUCCAGCAAAAAGAGGUUUUAAAUGAAGUAUGGACACUUUCUGGAUGUCUUUCUGUUCAUAGUUAAAGGGAUAGUUCACCCAAAACUGAAAAGCACCCC